CAAACUGAAGAGGCGGUUAUUAUUGGCUUCAUUUUAGCUACUUAUUCUUGUUUGAUCACUAUUUUUAUGCUAAAUGUGUGUACUCGAAGCACCGUUUGAAGGUGUCAAUUAAAUGUAAAUAUUGGGCAAUGGCAUUGGUACUUUGAACCAAAAGUUUAUUCAUAGAAAAUGGAUUCCCGUUUUCAUAAAUGUAGACUGUGCUUGAAACUAGGUGAUUUUUGUUCAAUAUUCGAACAAGAUGAAUGCAUUAAGUUAUCUGAUAUGGUGAUGUCUUUCACGAAUAUUCAAAUAUACGAAGGUGACGGAUUAUCAGAUCGCGUUUGCUCCUCAUGUAUAGAGAAUCUGAGCACUGCUUAUUUGUUUAAGCAGCAAUGUGAAAGAAUCGACAAUUUGAUAAGAAAAUGUCCAGAAACCAACAUAAACAAGCCUUCUGUAAGUGACUACAAUGACUUCUUUACUAAAGAGUUUCAUAUGCAUGAUGGCAGUAUGGAAGAAUAUGUUUCUGCUGAAGGGGACAAUGAUCAAAACUUUUUCAAAGACAACAUGGACAGCAACAGCAGUAUUUUCCAUGAAAUAAGUGAUGAGACGGACAGUGAUGUUGAUUCCAUUAAAUGUGGAGGUUGCAAUGAGUCCUAUAGCAAGUUGGGCACACAUACUUGUCGGACCACAUGCACUAUAGAGCAAAAUCAAUUGCAAAGAUCAAGCAGCAAUGAAACUCUUGUAGCAUCAGAUGUAGUAGGCAGCCAGCAAACAGUCAGGGCUACCCAAUCUCUUCCCCCGCGAGCUACACAGCCACUGCCUGAUAUACCUGAGGACAUGGAUGUCACUUGUGUACUUUGUGAUGAGAAAUUUGAUCAGUAUGACAACUAUGUCAUACAUUUCAAUAGGUGCACAACCAAUGUGAAGCUGCACCAUUAUGUCUGUCCAGUGUGCCAUGACAUAUAUACUGAAAAACUAGCAUACUUAGAACAUCUUAAGGCUGAACACUUUAAAGUGACAUCCAAGGAGACUGUAGUACAUUACAAAGCUGGUUUCAUUGACCCAGGAGAGGAUUGUGUGGAUUUUGUGCCAUCGUUAGAAAAGACUAGAAAACCGAAGACUGUGCGGCGACAAAUAGGUUGGUCUGUUGAGGAUAUUUAUCAAGAAAUUGAUUGCAAAAAAGUUGAAGAAAAACAAACCCCCACUUCAAGUCCCUUUAAAACUUUCCUCUCAAAGUUGGGGAAUGAAACUUUCAGUAGGCAGAGUACUCCCAAAAAAGUGAGUUUCCGAAAAUUAAUAGAAAGUGGCAAAGAGAAGACUGCCAACUAUCUGCCAUUUCAGAAGUACAUUCAGAACUACAAACUUAAGAAGAAAGCUUCCAAUUACAGCCCAAUAAAGGGGAAGAUGCAGGUGUCCACCAAAAUUAAAGCCAGCUUGUGUGAAAUGACCUCAGAUAGUGACUAUCAUUCUCCUAGUGGGACAUCUGAAGAGUCAUGGAAACUGAAGCAGAAUUUGAUUUGUGCUUGUGAGAAGAAAAUUUUUAUGCUCUCAGAGAGCAUUAAUAACCGAGAGAGAAUCGCUGCGAUGAUAAAUGAAUUAGGCGGCGUAGUGGCAGAAAAUACAAAAAUGGAGAUGUUGGCAACACACUUUGUGGCGGUGUUGCCAGAUGAUACCUUCACGGGGAUGAUGGUGUGCGCCCUCGCUACCGGGAAAUGGUUGAUUCACGUCAACUUUAUUUACGACAGUUUUCGAUGCAAGAAGUUCUUACAGGAAUAUCUGUACGAGUGGCUCAAACACCCGAGAAUACUGGAGAUUGACACAACUAGUGUGGAAGUAGCGAAAGCAGCCGUCUUCUGGCACUUAGAACUUGAUGCACUAAGUGCCAAAUUUCCUUUUGAGGGAAAACAAAUUGUUCUGAUCAUGAAGAGAAAGUACCGACAAUAUUAUCAGAUGAUAUUCAAGACUUUAAAAGCAAAGCCUGUUACAUAUGAUCCAAGGACUCCAGGGAGUUGCUGCACAGCUGAUUACUGUUUCGUGGAUAUGAAGAUUAUUGAACGAGUUAAACUCCGGUUUUUCGCUCGCCAUAACGUUCCAGUGUUUCCAUAUCAGUAUAUAUUAGUGUUCUUACUGAAGAGAGGUCAGGUAGAAGAUGAAUACAAGUAUCUUUUGCAGGACUGCAAGAAAUAUGCAAAAGAUACAAUGUUCCUGUUAAACGAUACUUAUUGAUAUCUGAAUUAUAAUUCCUAUAUUUAUAUUAUUUUGUUGGUUUUCAAUAUUAUUAUUGUUGGUGGUGUUUUUGGGUAGUUAAAUUGCUUUUAUAUUAUACAUUUUAUAUUAUCGACAUUUAUAUUUUAUAAGAAUAAGCCAUAUUAUUUUUAGGAAU